UUCGGCCCAAGCAUCAAAUUCGAGAGAGAGAGAAAGAAAGAGGAGAUCGAGCUCACCUUACAGAGAGAGAGAGAGAGAGAGAAAAGCUAGAGAAGAUGGAACGUGGAGGCUUCCAUGGCUACCAGAGGCUUCAGAAAUCCAACUCCGGGAUGAUGGUGAGGGAGAUGAAUCAGAAUCUCACCAACAAUCCAAACCCUAAUCAGAGGCAAGAAGAUGGGCAGGAGCGUGGAGGUGAUCAGAACUCUUGCAUUGUGCGUGAACAAGAUCGUUUCAUGCCAAUAGCAAAUGUUAUAAGGAUUAUGCGUAAGGUGCUGCCGAAUCAUGCGAAAAUAUCUGAUGAUGCGAAGGAAACUGUACAGGAGUGUGUGUCUGAAUUCAUUAGCUUCAUCACUAGUGAAGCUAACGACCGUUGCCAACGAGAGCAGCGAAAGACUAUCACCGCUGAAGAUGUGCUUUGGGCAAUGAGCAAACUUGGUUUCGAUGAUUACAUGGAUCCCCUCACCCUGUACCUGCAGCGAUACCGUGAGAUCGAAGGUGACCGCGGCUCUAUCCGUGGUGAUCCAUUGAUGAAGCGAAGUGUUGAUUUGGGAACUGCCUUGAGUGUCGCAACCUAUGCACCUGCCGCAUUUCAUAUGGGUCAUCACCAGGGACUCUUUGGAGUCGGAGGACCCCACAUUGGGGGUUACUUUAGGGACCCGUCAGGUGGGGUCGGAUCUUCUCAUGCUACCAUGGCUGCCCUUGAUCCUUACGCACCGUAUAUGAAUAAGUGA